CAAAGCCAAAGAAAACUCACCGUCAAAUCUUUUGAAUUUAGCCCAAAUGAUGCCCUUAGUCCCUUUAUCUUCCUCUUUGUUAAUCUAACCACGGCUAAGUUAUCUGUUUUUGUAAAUUCCUGAAGACCUGCCACGCACACCAACUGUUUGAUAUUUUUGUUCUAAUAACUCUUCUGUUCCUUAAACUGCAUUCUUGCCUUGCUUUUUCUAGGUUGUUGUCUACCUACAAGUUUAUAUGUACUUCAACCGAUUCUACAAGAUAAACAGCACAUUUAGUAAUUUAUCACUGCAUUUUCACCGUUUCUUGGGAACCCAAAAUGUAGCUUUAUACUUCCAGAGAGCCAGACUUAUCGAUUCGAUAAGACUUGCUCUUCGGUCUAAUCUGAUACCCAAUCUUGAAAAUCCUUCUUUGGACUCUUUUGUAGUAACUAAAGCACUUCAAUCAGCUCCCUCACCUGAUUCAGCUCUCUGUUUAAUUGAAAAUCUAAAAAAGAUUCCUCAUUUUUCGCAUACUCAUAAUACCCUUUAUGCAUUAGCCAAGAUUCUUGCUAAGGCGCGGGAAACUGCUAAAUUAAAAGCCCUUAUCAAUGCCAUUAACUCGGGAAAGUUUACUAAUGUUGCGCGUGUUAGUUACAUGGAUCAGAUGAGAUGGUAUGGUAUUAGUAGAGAGUUUAAUGAGGUUGUCCGUGUGUGGGACGAGUGGAGGACAACCCUUAAAAAACAUCCUUGUACUGAGUCCUAUAACAUUGUAAUGGGGUUAUGUGUUCAGAUGGGUAAGGAUAGUGAUGCUGUGAGGGUGUUCUAUAGGUUGAUUGAAGAAGGGGCACUUCCUAAUUGUAGGACAUAUACUGUUAUAAUUGAGCAUCUUGUUAGGACUAGAAAGUUGGAUUCAGCCAUUGAGAUUUUCCAUAUGUUGCCUAAUGUUAGGGUCAAACGUACGGUAAAGCAGUAUUCUGUUCUAGUGGAAGCAUUCAGUGUUGCCAAUCGGUUAGAUGUUGUCAAAAGUUUGCUUGAUCAGAUGAGAAGUGAUGGAAUAUUGCCUGUUCGAGCUAUGCUAUGGUCAUUGCAGCAGAUGCAGAAUGCUGGUUAUGAUGCUGAGACAAAUGAAUUGCUAAGGGACAUGUUACCGGAUGGGAGGAUUAAGAAGAUUGGUUACUCUAUGGACAGUAGUGAAGACGAGAGUGAUGAUGAAGAUGAAGAUGAAGAGAUUGAUUGUGACCAUACUAAUGCUGUGGAUCAACCUCACCUGAAGCCGUGGUUGGAUCCAGCUGCUUUAGCUAAUGCUUUAAGGAACUGGGGCGCUGAGGAGGUGUCAGCACUAGAGGAUGCAAAAUUAGUUUGGACGACUAGGUUGGUGUGCAAGAUGAUCAGGAGCUUCAAGGCAGCAGAAACUGCUUGGCAAUUCUUCUGCUGGGUUGCUUGUCAGCCAGGAUUCACUCAUGAUAUAUACACAAUUUCAAGAAUGAUCACCAGAUUAGCUCGCCAUGGAUGUGUGGAUUUAGUUGAUCAACUUUUGUCUAAGGUUGAAAGAGAGGGCAUUCAAUUGUCUUUCAGCACAAUCCGGUUAAUUAUUGAUUUUUAUGGGAUUUCUUGUAAUGGUGAUCCCGCCCUUAGGGUUUUCAAAAACGUUAAAACGAUAUGUGGUCCCAUAUCUAAAAGCAGUCAAUUGCUUCUGUACUCAUCUCUUCUAAGGACUUUGAUAAAAUGUAAUAUGAAUUCGGAAGCCUUACAUAUUCUCGAAGAGAUGAGUUUACUAGGAAUUGUUCCAGAUUUGCAAACAUAUUCUGGACUAAUGAGCCAUUUUGCUCUUCAUGGAGAUAUAAAAACUGUACAGAGGCUUUUCGGGAUGGUCAGGCAGAGCGGUAUAGCGCCUGAUGCUUAUAUGUAUAAAGUUCUCAUCCAUGCAUAUUGCAAAUGUGGAAGAGCUGCUCUUGCACUAAGGGUUUUUGAAGACAUGAGGAACUCUGGGUUGUUGCCUGAUGCUAACACCAAACAAUUGCUUGUCAAGAGUCUCUGGAAGGAAGGCAAGCUCCGAGAAGCUGCUUCUGUAGAAGAGAGAACUGAGGAAAUAAGUGAUGCUCUUCCCCUUGCUUUGCCUGGACAUAUGUUUACAGUUAGCUCUACAGAUCUUUCAAGAGUGUAUACCAUUUAUUCUAAUAGUUUCCAGUCAACUUGUAGUUGAAGGACUAUGUCACUGAUCAGGAUAUAGAGCUGUAGUGCUUUUCCACUUCAUAUUUCAGGUUAACAUCAUCAAGUGAAUUCUCAUCAAGGAGGUCUGUCUGGUUAUAUGUCCAUAGCAUUUUGAUUAUGUUGAUCAGAAAUGAAAGUUUUGAUCUUUGUAAUAUUGUUGCUGAAAAUCUCGUAUAAUCAACUGGACUUUUACUUGGCAUCUGACAAGAAAUCCUAAUUGUCAACAAUGCAGCUGUUUUACUCAUAUAAGAUGGUGAUAUUUCAAAUCACACAUUUGCUAGGGUUUAGCUUCUAUCUGUAUUUG